GCAAAAUAAUUGCCCAUGGGCAGGGGUGUUAUGGAUCAUUUCUUAUGGUCUUGUGCAUUUUUUAAUAUUUCUGCAACAGAGCACAUAUUUUAUAACUUAUUUUUUUUUAAUUUAAAAAAGGAAAUUGUCCUUAAGAUCCUCCAAGUAAUAGCCCUUCUUUUCCAUUUGUUGCAGGUGGUGCGGUUGUGUCAGAACCCAAAGCUGGCGCUAAAGAAUAGCCCACCUUAUAUCUUAGACCUGCUGCCAGAUACCUACCAGCAUCUCCGCACUAUCUUGUCAAGAUAUGAGGGGAAGAUGGAGACGCUUGGAGAAAAUGAGUAUUUUAGGGUGUUCAUGGAGAACUUGAUGAAGAAAACUAAGCAGACCAUAAGCCUCUUCAAGGAGGGGAAAGAAAGGAUGUAUGAGGAGAAUUCUCAGCCUAGGAGAAACCUAACCAAACUAUCCCUGAUCUUCAGCCACAUGCUGGCAGAACUAAAAGGAAUCUUUCCAAGUGGACUCUUUCAAGGAGACACAUUUCGGAUUACGAAGGCAGAUGCUGCAGAGUUUUGGAGGAAAGCUUUUGGGGAAAAGACAAUAGUCCCUUGGAAGAGUUUCCGGCAGGCCCUUCAUGAGGUGCAUCCCAUCAGUUCUGGGCUCGAGGCCAUGGCUCUGAAAUCCACUAUUGAUCUGACCUGCAAUGAUUAUAUUUCAGUUUUUGAAUUUGACAUCUUCACACGACUCUUUCAGCCCUGGUCCUCUUUGCUCAGGAAUUGGAACAGUCUUGCCGUGACGCAUCCUGGCUACAUGGCUUUCCUGACGUAUGACGAAGUGAAAGCUCGGCUCCAGAAGUUCAUUCACAAACCUGGCAGUUACAUUUUCCGGCUGAGCUGCACUCGUCUGGGUCAGUGGGCUAUUGGAUAUGUCACUGCUGAUGGGAACAUUCUCCAGACGAUCCCUCACAAUAAACCUCUCUUCCAAGCCCUGAUUGAUGGCUUCAGGGAAGGCUUCUAUCUGUUUCCAGAUGGACGGAGUCAGAAUCCUGACCUGACAGGCUUAUGUGAACCCACUCCCCAGGACCACAUCAAAGUGACCCAGGAACAAUAUGAAUUAUACUGUGAGAUGGGCUCCACCUUCCAGCUGUGUAAAAUCUGCGCUGAAAACGACAAGGAUGUGAAAAUUGAGCCCUGUGGACACCUCAUGUGCACGUCCUGUCUCACAUCCUGGCAGGAAUCAGAAGGCCAGGGCUGUCCUUUCUGCCGAUGUGAAAUUAAAGGUACCGAGCCCAUUGUGGUAGAUCCGUUUGACCCUCGAGGAAGUGGCAGCCUCCUGAGGCAAGGAGCCGAGGGAGCUCCCUCCCCAAAUUACGAGGACGAUGACGAUGAACGAGCUGAUGAUUCUCUCUUUAUGAUGAAGGAACUGGCUGGUGCCAAGUUUUAUUUGUGUCAGGUGGAACGGCCUCCUUCUCCGUUUUCGAUGGCCCCACAAGCUUCCCUUCCCCCGGUGCCACCGCGACUUGACCUUCUGCAACAGCGGGUGUCCCUUCCUUCAAGUGCUUCUGGUCUUGGAACUGCUUCUAAGGUAGCUUCUGGCUCCCUUCAUAAGGACAAACCAUUACCAAUACCUCCCACACUUCGAGAUCUUCCACCACCACCCCCUCCGGACCGGCCAUAUUCUGUUGGAGCAGAAACCCGGCCUCAGAGACGUCCCUUGCCUUGUACACCGGGCGACUGUCCAUCCAGGGACAAACUGCCCCCUGUUCCCUCUAGCCGCCUUGGGGAAUCGUGGCUGCCUCGGCCAAUCCCCAAAGUACCAGUGGUUGCCCCAAACGCUGGUGACCCCUGGACAGGUAGAGAAUUAACCAACAGGCACUCGCUUCCAUUUUCAUUGCCCUCACAAAUGGAACCCAGAACAGAUGUGUCCAGGCUUGGAAGCACAUUCAAUGUGGAUACCUCCAUGAAUGUGAAUAACAGCCCAUUAGCAGGUUCAGAGUGUGAGCACCCCAAAAUCAAGCCUUCUGCAUCUGCCAGUGCCAUUUACUCUCUGGCUGCCAGGCCUCUUCCUGUGCCAAAGCUGCCCCCUGGGGAGCAGUGUGACAGUGAGGAGGACACCGAGUAUAUGACCCCCUCCUCCAGACCUCUAGGGCUUCCAAAGCCAGAUGGGAAACGGCCUUUGGAGACAACCCAGAGUUCACGAGCGUGUGAGUGUGACCAGCAGACCGAGAGCUGUACAUAUGAAGCAAUGUAUAAUAUUCAGUCCCAGGCGACGCCAGCUGCCCCGGAGAGCAGCUCCUUCGGUGAAGGGCAUCUGGCUGCGGGCCGCGCAGGCGCCGGCCCCGAGGGAUCAGAGAAUGAGGAAGACGGCUAUGACGUCCCUAAGCCUCCAGUGCCGGCCGUGCUGGCCCGCCGGACCCUCUCAGACAUCUCUAACGCCAGCUCCUCCUUCGGCUGGUUGUCUCUGGAAGGCGAUCCUCCCACACACUUCGCUGAGGGGUCCCAGGUUCCUGAGAGGCCUCCCAAACCAUUCCCUCGGAGAAUCAACUCGGAGCGGAAAGCAGGCAGCUGUCAGCAGGGUGGCGCCGCGGCCGCCUCCUCGCCGCAGCUCUCCAGUGAGAUCGAGAACCUCAUGAGCCAGGGGUACUCCUACCAGGACAUUCAGAAAGCCCUGGUCAUUGCCCACAACAACAUCGAAAUGGCCAAGAAUAUCCUCCGGGAAUUUGUUUCUAUCUCGUCUCCCGCCCACGUCGCCACCUAGCACAGCCCUGCCCACGGUGGCAUCAGAGGACCAGUGAGCCGAGCGCUCUUCCCUGGGUGGCCCCUCGGGGCAGAGGUUCCCUUGGAGCCUUCACAGUGAAGUCUUGCCCUCUCUGUGGGAUUCCACAUCUGUGGUUCCAGGAUUUCAAAGCAGUGGAGUGAACGUGGAGCAGCUAGUGUGUUUUAUUAUUUUAUUUGAGCGUGGAUUUGAAGGUGUUCUUCAGUCCCCACUUAGAGUGUGGAUUUUUAUUAAAUGGUAGCCUACCAGGGGAACAGUCCAGAAAGCGGUGGGAGAAGUAUUGUGCUGUAAAUCCUCAAGGGGGGCUUGAGACUCCCUGGGUUAAGGAUGUGGUUGUGUGUGUGUCCUGUGAUUAUACGAUGAACCUACUGUACGUGUGACUCCCGGGCAGGGAGUUAGCACAAGAGGUGUAGGAAGGAGCCGUCUGGAGACUUCCAUCUGCUGCGGUAUGAGACCCGACCCCGGCGUGUAGUGCAACUUCAGCACUCCCUGCGGCUUGGAUUACCAUGUGCACGGCUCGAGUCUUGUAUUUUUAGAACACCCUCCCUCUGUCCUUUCCCGUGCCUCCUGCCUCCUCCUCCUGCUCCGCGUCCAUCACUGACAGUGGCCAAGUGGCUUGUAGGAUGUUCGUUCUUACGUGUGGUGGUGGUGGAUGGUUUGGUACAUAGGUGGGGCAAAAAGUACUGUUGCUGUCUCGUUAUAGUCCUGUUUGGUCCUCGCAGCUGACACUGGUCACUCCAAAGCACUGUUUCUAUAGGAACAUUGAUUCUGUUACAAUACGAUGUGUUAAUUACCCUAAUUGCAUAGUGACUGCUGUGAGAUAGAGGCCUUCAGGUACAUUCCAUGCCUCCCCAGAAGAUAGUCUGUGGGAGUCCGCCACCUUCCUCCUGGGUGUGUGUGCUCACGUAGGUCCUGGGUGUUUCUACUUGCUGGGAAGGGAAGAACAUUCGUUUCCAGCCUGGCUUUCUGGCCCGAAUACUACAAAACUUUUAGGAAGCUUCAUUCACAUGCUUUUUACCUUGUUAUGUAGAAGAUGCACGAAAUUGACAGUUAGGAAUUAUCUGUUGGGUUUGUCUUCCCAGUGAAUGAGUUCCAGCUUGUGUGGGCAUCUCCCUCGGGACAGGAGUGAGGUGAUACUUCCAGAAGGUUUUUGUCCUUGCCCUUGGAGGGGAGGGGUAGCACCCCUGGUAGCACAGCACUGUGCUGGUAAUUAGCACCGGUCCUACACGGGUGCCACCGACGACGUGGUUCUCUCUUGUGCCUGUGGCUUUGGGAAUGGGGCGUCCCCUCCCCUCUUCACCCUAGUCCUCUGUGCUGUUCUCGGACCACGUUCUCCACGGUGAUUACACUUCUGUAGUGUGCUAAGAUGACCUCACGGCGGCCGAGGAUGUGAGAAGCCAGGAGCUGAUGUGGGUGCAGGUGUGUGAGGAAGAUUCGGGGCCCAGCGCGGGGCAGCCGUGAGAAGGUUCCCAAAGGUACUGUGAGAUGAGCCUUGGUCAGCGCUCUGGCCGGUCUUUGCUGACUUCCCAGCAGGCUGUACCCUCCCUCGUGUCAGAAGCAAGCCUGCUCUUGGCUACAUCUGCCCUCCUCAAAAUCUGAUCAUCAGGCUUUCAUCUUUAAAUCCCAACAGAAAUGAAUCUCCUGAGGUCCGUUUUCUUUCCCAUCUUUUUGUCUGUGGAACUAAAAUGUUUUCUGACUCUUCUCUUCGCUCUCAGCGGUUCCUAUACCUUUUGGCUUUAUGCUCUUGCCUCAGAGCCAUUCACAUUCCCAGGAUAGACGGUACGGGACCUCUCGUUGACUGGCCACGGCUCCCCAGUCGGCAUGGCGGGGAGCGGGAUGGUGGCCGUGAAUGGGAAGCGGUGACCUGGCAUCUCCUUCUGAGAGCCAGUAAGGAGAAAGUUUCAUUUGUGCUUAACGCUCAGUUUGCAUUUUGUUUAGAUGCUGAAGAGCCAGACAGAGAACUAGAAAAAAUAGCAGCAUUUUCCGUGCCUGUCCACCCUAGAAGUUUUCUGUGUCUACAGACGUCCGUAGUCUGAAGAUGUGUCAAGAGAACCAGAGCCCUGGUUCUGCGUAUCUCUUGCCAAUUCGGUGUAUCCCACAUGUUCUUUGGAGAUUGUGUCCUUCCUCAUAGAGGCCAAGGGCAGGCUCGUCCCUGUUUUCCUAAUCAAGUACCUCCGUGGCUCCUGGGGUCGGCCCUGAGACCGGGCUGUCAGGUGCUAGGGUCGGACAUACACGUCAGUGACCGGCUGUCUGCUGCGGGCUUUCCAGGCGUUAGACCGUUCUGUGAGGUUUGCUCCCCUUGCGUACUCUGAGGACAAACCUCGUCCAUGCCUGAGACUGCCAGCAUCACCUCAGGAAAGUUUCCACGUGGGCGUUUGUCUAGAGGGGACUUUCACAACUUCAAUUUCUCAACUUUUCUUUGGACCAAGGCACAAGUAACCCUUCUUCAUCUUCCAGUUGUAUGGCAGUUUCUAAUUCCUGGGCUCUGCUCGGAAUUUAAGAUUGCCCUUUCAGAAGUGGGCUCUGAGUUUUACCAGUUUGGGCAAAUCCCUCUCCUUUCUCCCUCCGAAGUGCAAGUGGUUCCUUCUCUGGUCCCUUCCCAGAUGGAUAAGAUAAAAGCCACUUGAGGGGCGCCUGGGUGGCACAGCGGUUAAGCGUCUGCCUUCGGCUCAGGGCGUGAUCCCGGCGUUAUGGGAUCGAGCCCCACAUCAGGCUCCUCCGCUAUGAGCCUGCUUCUUCCUCUCCCACUCCCCCUGCUUGUGUUCCCUCUCUUGCUGGCUGUCUCUAUCUCUGUCGAAUAAAUAAAUAAAAUCUUAAAAAAAAAAAAAAAGAUAAAAACCACUUGGAGGUUUUGUCAGAUGCAUGAGGCUCUUUUCAGUGUGAUCUCCUGCUCCCCCUUCUCUCUUUCCGGCUUGUUCUACACAGGCUGCCCCGUCGUCGGGUGUCUGCUUGGCAGUAGGUCGUCUGCUGCUUCUGCCAGGCUACUUCCCGGAAAAACCUGUGGGCUCUGUGAUCUACCUCCCUUGAAGAAAUGAGGAGAUCAGGCAGUUUCUUGUCUCAGCAUUUACCUGUUAAUGUUGAUGUAAAUAGCAGUCUGUUCUCCCCUGGCCCUUGGUCCCCCCACGGCCCCCCUCGACACACUCUGCGCAUCUGUGCUCUUACCCACACAGCCUCGGGGCCAGGAUGGGGGAGGGUGCUCUUUGUAUCAGGUAGCUGUUCUGUGGAUUAAAAUUUUUGGAGGGGGGUCGCUCUUCUUCAUACUUAUUUAUUUCUUCUGUAGAAAAGUAAAAUAUAACCCAUGGUCCACACAGCAAACAUACAAGUGAGUUUUUGUAAAUUUGCUAGCAGAGUAGGGACCAAGCUCUGUAUUCCCUAAAGGCACCAUUAACAAGAUCGACGCCUGUUUUGGGUGGUCAGCGCAGGUGUUGGUGCAGAAUAUUUUCCUACCUCACGUCCUGACAGGGUUAUAGACCUUCUCCCUAAACUGCAACCUCCCCUUCCUGCCAUUGGCUUCCGGCCUCUGGAGGCCGCGCCCCGGGCAGAACGGCGUUCGGACGGUCGGCCCGGCUGUGCACCAGGUCGCUUGUUCCUUCGGCAAACGGCUGUGAGUGAUGCCCACGUGCGGAAGUGCGGCUCCGCGCUCCUGCCACCUCGUGGGGACUUCCCGAGGCCGGUGGACUGUACGUGGGCCGCCUGUGGACUGUAUGUGGGCCGCCUGGCCCUUGCAUUUGGCCCCAAAAUAGCCCUUCCCAAAAAGAUUGUGCGGUUUGUGUUCACAGCUCUUUCACAUAGACAUGUAUUUCCUUAUAGAGCUGUCCUGGGUAAGAGCAAUGCAGGCUCUUCCGUGAGCGUGGUGUCUCCUAGAGCCUUGAUCACGUCUGGGAGCAUCCGCGGUGUCGUGCCCUCCAUCCGGGAUGCGUUGCAGUGGAAUCUGUGUGGUGGGUGGCUCGAGGCGCGUAGUGACUCAGAGUUGCACAGUAGGGCAGUUAAAUGUGGAAACGAAGCAUUGGCGCACAGUCCCCUCUCCAGUCUAGUGCCUUCCUUGAUCUUUUUACUGAACGGCUUUCUUUAACCCCCUUUGUUGUGAAGUUUCCUGUCACCCUCCUGGGACCUGUCACCAUCUCCCAUCCUCUUUGGGACUUGUUUCCCAGUCCUUCAAAGACCUUUGUAGCUAAUCCCGUGUCCUAGAAGGGCUGAAGGUGUGGGAGAGACAGGUGGAUACCUGUCGUUGGGUCCUGGUCUUGAACGGAUAUAUGUGCUCUCCCAAGAGCCAGGCAGUAAAAUAGAUGGAAUUCAGUCACUUCUCAGAAAUGCCAGCCUUUCCCUCCCGGGGUAGGGAGCUCAGGACCCUAGAACUUAGUACCAGGAUGCACAUGUCAGCGUAAAGUGGCCCUGGCAUGACUUUGACCUCAGCCUGUGUCGCAGUCUUUCUUUAGAAACGCGUCAAGCCAUUUGUGCACGGAGGGGAGGGUGCAUAGUGAGAGGAGAUCACGGUGUUGUAUCAUUGACUGUCCUGUUUAGGAAUCCUUAGAUGUAAGAAACAGGUAUCCAGGCUAAAGAAAGGGAAUCCUAAGGAUGCAGGGUAUUUUAUAGACCCUGGUAUAGGAAGUACAGCGGGUUCUUGAAUGGAGAUGGGACUGUCAAAAUUUUCACCUAGUCCUUUCUCCUGCUUGUCAUGCACUGCCCCGGACUGGACACCCCAGUCCCCAGGUCCACGCGACCUCCUGGCUCUGGGGAUCACCGUGCAGAUUCCCAGUGCCUCUUACUUCUAUUCUCAAGAAAAAAAACACGAUGAGCCCUGCACGUUGCUCUGGUGUCUAUCCCUGACUGGCCAGCCUGGGUGCAGGGGGUGGGUGGCAGUGGCCUGCCCCCUCUGCUGGGUUUGGUGGGGGGCUCUCUCGGAGAAGAGGCCUCAGACGGGAUAGAUAACCUAGAAGUAUUUUAGUAGCAAAACUGCUGUCAUACUGCCCUUUUUUUUUUUUUUGAGAGUGAAAAGGCAGGGCACAGGGACUGUAUCUGGGACAUUGAGGAAAUUCUUAGGUUUUGCUUAAUUCGGGUUUCUGUCCUUUUUGUUGCUUUAUUUUCUACUUUAAUUCCCUUUACCAGUCUUGGCAUCCAAGAUUUCUUACCUCCCUCUUCAGGAGCAGUUUCUCCUCUUCCGGAGCUAGUCUGUUCUUAGGUGACAUUUCUUCGCCUUCAUUCAAUCUCAGGUUUUUAGCCUUCUUUCGUAUUAUUUGGAGAGCAGAUCACAAACCCCACUGUAGCCACCCAUGGGCUUCUGGCUCUUUUCAGGUUUUAGCGCUGAAAAUAUAUUCAUUCUCUGGGCCUGUGGGCCUGUGGCCCUUGUCCCUUCCGGCCCUCCUCCUCCCCCUUGCAUUUGGUCUGUGCUGCGCGAGGAGAGCUCUGCGGUAACCCCCUUAGGCGGCCUUCUGAGGUACCUCAGAAACUACUUCCCUGUAGCAAGAAUGUGUUGGGACAGUUGUUAGGAUAUAAAUUAGACGGAGAUUCCAGUUUAGAGGAGAGUUUUGACCGAGAGCUCCUUAGACCAGAUACCUUGUCUUCCCCGUCCACUUGCUUUCUUUGUAGUCCCAUAUCAAAGCCUUUAUUUGUUGGAUUUUUACAGGACUGCUUCUGCUUGCCUAUGUUUUGAUCUUACUUACCUCAUCCUAGGGCCUGGCCCAUGUUAGUAAGGCAUUUCAUAAUUACUUGUAACUUUUUAAAACUAUUGGAGUCGUUUGGAAUACACAGAAGUAACCUAGUAAUCCAAAGAUACACAUUGAGGCACGUGAGGAAGGGUGGGUCGUUAGCCUUUGCAUUUGAUAUUCUGGACUUAGCUCCAGAAUUAAGGAGCAGAGGGACAGCAGCGUCAUGGGCCUCUGUGUCCUAGGAAAUCUGGGUUGGUUUCAGAGGGGAGUAGCAGUGUUUGUGGUUCUUGUAAGUAGCACGGGAGUGAGGCGUGGGGAGACAGGGACAGGAAGAGCGAGCUCUGCGUGGAGGCUCACGCACGUUCAGCGCUGGGAAAGUCAGCCCUUCUGAAGGGCCAGCUGUUCGCGCGGGGUAACAGCUGUCUGGAGAUCUCCCUGCCCCUUCCCGUGGGUAGUGCUAGAGAGAAAUGUGGUGGACCACUCCCUCUUUUUGUACAGAGCAAAGGCUGAGAGCCAGCCUCCGCUCUCCUGCUGAUUGGGCAGCCAGACAGAUCGCAGAGUUGUGAUGACCCGGCUCCCUACUCUUGACUUCUUCCUACAGUGAACAUGAGCUGCACCUCUGCAUUGCCUCUCACAGAUUCUCCUUCCACCCCUGCACCAGACAGGGAGACCAGACGGGGCCGGGGGGGUGGCUCAGGAUGGGCCCCCUGCCACGCCUCAGGCCUGGCACCACCUCUCUGCUCGGCCUUGCCGAGGGGGUUUGGGGAUGGUGUGUAGGCCAGACCGCGUGCCCGUGCUUCGUGCCCUGCCAUCCGUGUGUGUCCGCUCCCUCCUCCCUCCCUACCUCUGACCCUGUUGUGGGUGAGGGUGGCCAUGCUCAUGGCUGUCUUGAAACUGAAGAGGCAGAGAACUACUUAGGAGUCUGGAGACCACGUGUUUUCUCCUCCUUGGCUUCUUCCUUCUGUCUGGGUAAGCCCGUAGGCACAGUGCCCAUGAGAGUGGAUGCCUCCUGACCUCCCCGCCUCGGUGGCUUGGCCUUGACCUCCUGCUGAAACGUGGUAGCUGGGAGGUACCCCCUACAUUUGCUUUCUGGCUGUGGUGACUUGGGGUUUUUAACCUUAUAUAUCUUUUUCCUUUAUUCAGAACAGAACAAUUUUUAGCACACUGAAGAAAAAAAAAAAAAGCCAAACAUUUUGUGCCUUUCUAAGGCAGCGCUGUAUCCCAGGCUGCAUUUUAGGACUUAAUAUGGAAAUACCAGUGUCUUAGCUCCUCUACCUUGAGUGUCAGUCCUCACGGUCUAGGGGGGGAGGAGGAGACGCUGUGGGGGGGCUGGGGAGAGGGCACCUAGGUGCGGCAGGGCAGCGGUCCCUUCCCCCCGCCACCAUGCUUUGUGGGAAGAAGCGAGCAUUACCCUGGGAUCCUUUGGUUGGUUCCAGCCAGAAUCAUAGUUAAUCAGGUGGAAUGCUUUGUCUCCAGCAAGAGGCGAGACUGUUCCGGGAUUUCCAGGAGGGCUCUGGACCACUUCAGGCAUGCCAGCCUCCUGGUCCUGAGGAUCCAGCUGCGUGGAAGAGGGUAGGACAGACGCUGCUGACAGUGGGAGCCAUUUGUUUGUUUGUGUCUUUUCUUUUUGCUGGAUCCUGACCUGGCCUAGACCUCCUGCCUCUCCCUUCAGACUUGGCUUUCCUUUUAUUUGAAGACUUCAGUCUUAAAGCAUUAAGCAGCCAGUGCCCUCGGCGGGGUCCAGUUUUCCCCUGGGAAAGGCAGCAAGGCCCACGUGCCAGAGCCCAGCCUCAGGACUGUGGCCGCUGUAGGUUUCGGCAAAGAGGGGAAAAAAAAAUGUUUUCUACAUAUUUUACUUCUCCCUUUCCCUUUUCAGUUCUUCCCUGCCUUUAACUAAUAAGGAAUUGGGAGAGAAACCAUUCUUUCUCAAGUCCUCCCUCUGUAGGAUUUUGACAUUCUUGGCCUGGGUGGGGCUGAGGAGAGCUUGAUGCUUUCUCCAGAAUAGAGUCCCAAUUUGUAUAUCAGUGUUAAAAAUAAAACAAAACGAAAACUUAGAUGAGAUUUUUGUGGACUAUUUUAAAAAUGUGUCAUUAAUAUAAAAAAAGUUUAUAUUAGCAGUAUUUAAUCAUUCUCACCUGUAAAGAAUAAGAAAAACAGAAGGUAAAUAUUCUUACAGAAGAGCAGAGCUUUAAGAUUCAUUUUCAAUUUUAAGUCCCUUUUGUUUUGCCAAUGUAUUAAUAUUUAGAGGUCUGUUAUACUAAUGUUAUUUAUUAAUUUUUUUUCAUUUCCAUACACAGUUAACUAAAGAGCUUUUUCAAGCACCCAUGUCUGUAAAAAAAAAAAUAUUUUUAAAUAAAGUUUCUUUUGUUGUAGCA